AUGCCGAGCAGACAGUAUUUAAGUGGCAAUAAGAAAAGACAACUUGCGAAAGAAAGAGAUGAAAAAAUACGCAAACUUCCCAAAUUGACAACAUUUUUUUCUCCACGUGCGUCGUCAUUAGAAGAAAAUGACACUUCACAGAAAAAUAAUGAGAACGAGAACGAUGAUACUAUUUGUGACAAAUAUGAGGCAGUUGAUAAGAUUGACCAAGGUGAUCCUAAUGAUGAAAUUCAGGAUAAAGAAAUUAAAGCUGAACCUACUCAAAAUGAUCACUCAGUGCACGAAGACAAUAAUUCAACGCUACAGAUUAAUGUAGCAGAUACAAUUGCUAUCCAUCAAGAUCCAGCUUUAUGGACACUUAAAUUGAAUCAAAACAAUUUUGAACGCGAAAAGUACUUGGAUAAAGGAUGCAAGUUUUUUCAAAACAAAAACGAUAGUUUCAUCAAAUCGCGCAUUGUAGCAGUAAUCCGUUUCUUAGUUGAACGAGGAUUGCCAUUUCGUGGUAAGAAUGAAGUCUUUGGUUCUCCAAACAAUGGAAACUACCUCGGAAUUUUGGAGCUAAUAGCUGAGUUUGAUUCGACAUUGAAAGCACAUAUUGACACAUACGCGCACAAAGGUCGAGGUACGGUGUCUUACUUAUCAAAAACAAUAUGUGAAGAAUUUAUAAACUUGAUGGCUGAGCAGGUAGUACAACACAUCAAAAAUGAAAUUAGUCAAGCCAAGUACUGGGGUCUCGUUAUUGAUUCAACGCCUGACAUUGCGCAUGUUGACCAAUUCUCCGUUGUUUUUCGUUACUAUUUGAACGAGCAUGUGUAUGAGCGAUUUUUUUGCUUUUUGCAAGUAGGCAGCCACAAAGGUAUAGAUAUGAAAAAUGCCAUUUUAAAACUGCUAGAAGAACAUGAAAUCAAUAUAGCAGGUUGUCGUGCUCAAACAUAUGAUAACGCGAGAAACAUGUCCGGUCAUAUUAAAGGACUGCAAGCUUGCUUAAAAGAGCUGAAUAAACUAGCUUUUUAUGUACCAUGCUGUGGGCAUUCUUUAAAUUUAGUUGGGGAAUGCUGCGUUUUCGAUUGUACCAUAGCUGCUUUAUUUUUUCAUCUCUUGCAAGGUUUGUACAACUUUUUUACAGCCUCUACAUACAGAUGGGAAAUUCUAGAUUCAAAAGUUUCCGAUUUAUCGGAAACUAGAUGGUCAUGUAGAGGAGAUGCUACAAAAGACUACGUCAAUAAUUUUGAUAAGAUCUUGGUUGCUCUAGAAAAAAUAUCUGAAGAUUGCGAACAAAAACCAGUAGCAAGACAAGAGGCUGCUGGACUAUUGAAAAGUAUGAAAAAGCUUGAAAACGCUAUAAUGGCAGUGUUAUGGAACAAGAUAUUGAACAGAUUUAAUGCUACGAGUCAGUACUUGCAAAAAAUCAAUGUAGAUCUUGUAUCUGCAAAUGCAAUGCUGUUAUCUCUGAUCGUUUUUGUUUCAGAUUUGCGUGAUGAAUUUCCAACAAUUGAGGCUGAAGCAAAAGCUCUGAGUGAAUCAGUAAACCAAGAUUACACAGACGCAAGCAAAAGGCGAAUAACACGCAAGUUGGCUGACAAGGAUACGCAAUCCGAAACUUCAAACGGCUCUGAAAAAUUUAGAAUUGAAACAUUUUAUGUUAUUUUUGAUAGAUUAGUCACAGAAUUGAAAAAGCGAAGUGAAGCAUAUAGUUUUAUCACAAAUUUGUUUGGAUUUUUAACUCAGUUGAUGAGUAUUGAUGGCGCAGAAUUAGAGAGAAAAGCGAGAGAACUUAUAGAAGUGUAUCCAGAUGAUCUAGACGAAGACUUACUAAUAGAAUUAAGGCAAUUUGUACCGCGUGUCAGAACACAAACUGCCGGAUUUUUCUCGAAUCGCACGUGCGAAAAUAUCAGAACAAAUGAUAACACGAUCUGUCCUAUAUUAGUCCUGAAUUGGAUAGCUGAAAAUGGUAUGGUACCAAUUUUCCCAAAUGUGUACGUUGCGUAUAGACUACUCGUGACUAUUCCUAUAGCCAACUGCGAAACUGAGCGAUCGUUUUCUGUGUUAAAGCGAAUAAAAGAUUUGCACAGAUCCACUAUGCUUCAUGACAGACUAUCGGCACUGGCUGUUCUCACCAUUGAAAAGGAACUACUUAGAUCACUUAAUUUCGAUAAAUUAAUUGAAGAGUUUGCAAAAUCAAGAAGUAGAAGAAAGGCCUUUUAA